AUGGAGAAUGUGCCUGGUAUUGAUCUGUUUCAAACCGCCGCACGCAAAACCAGUAGUUUCAUACCUGUGCCAGUUAGACGGUCAGAUCCUAUACUAGAGCGUUGUUAUGUACCAACAGUGGAUUCUGCCUAUCUGAAGCUCACAGAUAGCGUCACGAGUUUCAACAGCUCUACGUCCUCAUCUAUGGUGGGCUCGCACAUAGUAGAGUCUCAUUUAUCUAAUCGUCCUCCUCAAUCUGAGAGUUCAUUGGCUGCUCCCCUGUCACGGCUCCUUAUUCCUGAGGUAUCUACUAGCGUUCAUCAUGCACCACCAUUGGCUACUACCAAUCCAGCUGAUGAUGCUUUACCUGCUUCGCAAUCUGCAUCUAAGGUGACUUUUGAAGGUCUUCACAGCGCGGAGACGGUAUCGUCGGCAACUCUUGCCAAGCUUCUAACCGCUACUACCCCUUCACCGUCCCAUAAGUUUCUAAAUUACAUCUACUCGACAACAUCUGUAGAUCCUAAUCAAGAACGAGUCGUAGAUGAACCUGCAUUCACAGUAACUUCAGUUAGGCGAUCAGAUAGAGAGAUCGUUAAAGCAGUGCGUCAGAAGAAGGACUCUCCAAAUCCUCCGCAGGACCCGUACAUUCAGAGCGUUACCAUGCUGACACAGCUAGUUACUCAAAAUACGCACCUAGUAAAAACCGCUUUGGAUGCCAUAUCCGUCGCGGCCAUCAAGCCACAUCAAAUCACUACACCCAGCCAUCUUGUAUCUACCACUGUACCCUCGCCAUUAGAAAGGCCGACACCGCAGACACCCCAGGCAGCGCAGCCACCUCAAGUGCCCCAUGCACAACUAACAAGAAUGACAGAGAAGACACACCCACAGCAGCCUUCUAGGGUGCAUCAGAGUAUCACCAAGCCACUUCAGAGAAGACCCACCAGAAUCCCUAAGCCGACAACACCGCCCUGUGCCACGCAACAGUACGCACCGUCGACGCCUAUGUUUACUCUCAACAACCAUUCUGACGUGAAAGUACGCGCUCUCUCCCACGAUGACCUUAUUGGUGUUCCCAUCAGGGCUCAGGAAUACAUGCCUAAUGGGCCAACCUUUGACUUUCUCAACGCACUCAUUAAGGAGGAGUGUCAUGAGGCUGUGAUUGGCACGCAAGGAGGUCGCUCUUCCGCGCCUGUUUUCGAUCCAUUUCUGAACGAUCUGGUUAACGCAGCAUCUCAGCUAGAUGAACUCGUUAACAGUAUGUGCUCAGAUGUCUCAUAUCCUGGUAAGUAA